AAGGAAGAAAAUGCAAGGACACCUUCCGAGUAAAUGACAUUAUUUACCCCUCAGCAUCUUUCUCUUGACCAAGCAUUCUCCAACUCCAAGGCCAUCACGCGGUCACACACACUCACUACCCACGCUUAUAAUAAUCCUUUCUUUUAAACAUCCUUUGACGAUUAUACCCCUCACGACCUUCUCAGAAACCCAAUGGCAGCUUCAGCAAGACAGACCGAGUGACUUCCCCCUUAUCUGUCCCUGAGUUGUCUUCCAUGGCCUCUCUUUCUUGGAAAACCCAACUCCCCUCUUCCCUUCCUUCCUUUAUAUACUCUUCCACAUCUCUAUUUCCCCAACCAACAAACAUACCUUCUCUACCUCACUCUCUCUCUCUCUCUCCUUCUUCUCAAUUUACAGAUUGUCAAUGGCUUCUCAGCAGAACCCACAAUCCAAUUUCCAAGAUUUGCUGCCCACCAUGGCAGACAAGCUUGGUGGGGAUGGUUUAAUCGGAGAGCUCUGUAAUGGGUUCAAUUUGUUAAUGGAUUCUAACAAGGGGGUCAUCACCUUUGAGAGCCUCAAGCGGAACUCUGCUCUGCUGGGCUUGCAGGAUCUGAGCGAUGAUGAUCUACGGUCCAUGUUGGAGGAAGGCGAUUUCGACGGUGAUGGGGCUCUUAAUCAGAUGGAGUUCUGUGUUUUGAUGUUUAGACUGAGCCCUGAGCUUAUGGAUGAGUCUCGGUUGUGGCUUGAGCAAGCUCUUCAACAGGAGUUGAAGCAUUGUUAUUGAUUUUUGUUUUUCUCUCUUUCUUAAACUGAUUUUAUGUUCUGGGCUUUUUGUAUUUUCCUUUUUGAUGAUCAUUAUUGUUCCAAUUGAAUUGGUGAAAAAAAAAAACAUAGACAGAAAUGAAAUUGACAUUUGACACGCACAA